AGCAAACUUGAUGAUUACCAGGAACGAAUGAACAAGGGAGAACGUCUAAAUCAAGAUCAACUGGAUGCGGUGUCAAAAUACCAGGAAGUGACAAAUAAUCUGGAAUUUGCUAAAGAACUGCAGAGGAGUUUUAUGGCUCUGAGCCAAGAUAUCCAGAAAACAAUAAAAAAGACAGCUCGCAGGGAGCAGCUGAUGCGAGAAGAAGCUGAGCAGAAGCGUUUAAAGACUGUACUAGAGCUGCAGUUUAUUUUGGACAAGUUGGGUGAUGAUGAAGUGCGCAAUGACUUGAAACAAGGAUCAAAUGGAGUACCAGUGCUGACAGAGGAGGAACUGACAAUGCUGGAUGAGUUUUACAAGCUAGUUUACCCUGAAAGAGACAUGAACAUGAGGUUGAAUGAGCAGUAUGAGCAAGCAUCUGUUCACCUGUGGGACUUACUGGAAGGGAAGGAAAAAACAGUUUGUGGAACAACCUAUAAAGCGCUGAAGGAGAUUGUUGAACGUAUUCUGCAAACUAGUUACUUUGAUAGCACCCAUAACCAUCAGAACGGGUUAUGUGAGGAGGAAGAGGCAGCAACUGCACCUGCAGUAGAAGACACUGUAGCAGAAGCUGAACCUGAUCCAGCGGAAGAGUUUACUGAACCGACUGAAGUUGAAUCAACUGAGUAUGUAAACAGACAAUUCAUGGCAGAGACUCAGUUCAGCAGUAGUGAGAAGGAACAGGUAGAUGAGUGGACAGUUGAAACGGUUGAGGUUGUAAAUUCACUGCAGCAACAGACACAGGCUACAUCUCCUCCAGUUCCUGAACCUCACACGCUCACUACUGUGGCUCAAGCAGAUCCUCUUGUAAGAAGACAGCGAGUACAGGACCUCAUGGCGCAGAUGCAGGGCCCCUAUAACUUCAUGCAGGAUUCUAUGCUGGAGUUUGAGAACCAAACACUUGAUCCUGCCAUUGUAUCUGCACAACCCAUGAAUCCAGCACAGAAUUUGGACAUGCCACAAAUGGUUUGCCCUCCAGUUCAUGCUGAGUCGAGACUUGCCCAGCCUAAUCAAGUUCCUGUGCAACCAGAAGCUACACAGGUUCCCUUGGUUUCUUCUACAAGUGAGGGUUAUACAGCCUCCCAACCCAUGUAUCAGCCUUCUCACACAACAGAGCAACGGCCGCAGAAAGAAUCAAUUGACCAGAUUCAGGCUUCAAUGUCACUGAAUGCAGACCAGACCCCAUCAUCAUCAUCACUUCCCACUGCAUCCCAGCCACAGGUGUUCCAGGCUGGAUCUAGCAAGCCUUUGCAUAGCAGCGGAAUCAAUGUUAAUGCAGCUCCAUUCCAAUCCAUGCAAACAGUAUUCAACAUGAAUGCACCUGUUCCUCCUGUUAAUGAGCCAGAAACCCUUAAGCAGCAAAACCAGUACCAGGCCAGUUACAACCAGAGUUUCUCCAAUCAACCUCACCAAGUAGAACAAUCGGAUCUUCAGCAAGAACAACUCCAGACAGUGGUCGGUACUUACCAUGGUUCCCCGGACCAGACUCAUCAAGUGGCGGGUAACCACCAGCAACCUCCCCAGCAGAAUACUGGAUUUCCACGUAACAGUCAGCCCUAUUAUAACAGUCGAGGAGUGUCUCGUGGUGGAUCACGUGGGGCUCGUGGCUUAAUGAACGGUUACAGGGGACCGGCAAAUGGAUUUAGAGGCGGAUAUGAUGGCUACCGUCCCUCUUUUUCCAACACUCCAAACAGUGGUUACACGCAGCCCCAGUUCAAUGCUCCUCGGGAUUACUCAAACUACCAGCGGGAUGGAUAUCAACAGAAUUUCAAACGUGGCUCUGGACAAAGUGGACCUCGGGGAGCUCCUAGAGGUCGCGGAGGGCCCCCAAGACCAAACAGAGGGAUGCCUCAAAUGAAUGCUCAGCAAGUGAAUUAAACAAAUUCACAGGAUUACGUUAAACGCCAAAAACACACUGGCCAGUGUACUAUACAUGUUACCAGAAGAGUUAUUAUCUAUUUGUUCUCCCUUACAGGAAGUUUGUUGUAAAGGGACUAUUUUCAUUACCCAUAAUGACAGGACUACAGUUGCCAGCUUUAUAUUACCUGGAUAUUGAAAGGAACGAAACAACGUUUACUCUGCAUGUUCUGUCCUAAGCAUCAUCUUGAGCCUUGCACAUGAGAUUCAGAUUCCUCACCCUUGCUAAGAGUAAAGCAAAAAAAGGCAAUUUUCAGGGUGAUCCAAUCUCCAUGGUUAACUGAAGUGGCAGGAAAAAAGCAAAGACUCACUUCUGACAUUUAAAAGCGAUGUAACAAAUUUGGAUAAAAUCUGCAAAUUCGUAAAGAUUUUACUGUGGCGCCAGUUGGCAAAACAUAACGUUCCCACAAAAGGAUGGAAAAGGUGAAGUGUGGCUUGGUAGUGCAACUGCAUUUCAGCUUUUUCUUGUUAAAUUGAAGCACUGAACAGUUAAAGAUGCUAGUGAUGCCUGUUUCCCUAAAUAGCCAAGUAGGCUUAUAGCCAGUCUUGGAGGAAGAAGCAGCACCCUUAGCUGCAGCACUCCUCGUCACCAGGGCCCUGUUUACUGUGGCUAAGGAUUUAAGAUCGCUUGCAUAACUGCUAAUGUAACUGUGUAAUUAUUAUUUUUUUAAAGGAAAAAAAAAA